AGGUAACUAAAAAAAUAAUAAAUAAAAAAUAGAAUGAAGAGAAACAGUUUGGGAUGUGCCCCUGAGAGUACUUCUCCUAGUCUUCAGAUAGAACUUUAAUGAAGGAUUGAAGAACACGUGUUUUGUUCUUCUCUUGGUCGGUCUUAUGUAACUAAAUCGAAUUUAUCGAACACUAUAUGGUAAUUUGAUUUAAUAAGUGUCGAAUAUUAAAUAGUUAUUAACUAAUAUAUUAUAAAUAUAAUAAAUCAUUUAUAUUCCAGAAAUAUUUUUUGGAAUAAAGUCAAUUCCAUUUGUGAAUAGUUUUUGACUGUGGAUUAUUAUUAUCGUUUUACCAUGAAAUAAUUUUUUUUAUAACAGACACAUAUUUUUAUAAUACUGGGAACUGUAAUAAGACAUUAUUUUUUCAUAUAAAUAAUCAUUGAUGAUGUGAUUUUUGAAUGGACUUACUUCAAUAUGGUGCCUUAUUAAUCUCUAUCAGUAUAUUUUCCAUCAAAAUGAUAUUUUUCUGAGGACUUCCAUAUACAAUUAGUAAACUUAUGUUUGGGAAGAAAAAACUCUUUUGAAUAGAAUCUAGUCUUACAAUUGGUGACUAAGUCAAGGAAAUAAAGGAGAUAAUCAUGGAAACAUGUGUUUUGAUACCAACAGAACUGUCUCUGGUGCUAACUACUUCACCAUCAUCCAAAAAAUCAUAUACUGGAGCAUCUGUUUGGAGCAAUCAGCGCAUCCCAAGAGGCUCAAGAUUUCUUCCUUUCCAGGGUACAGUUAGACUUGACAAGCUAGACAUCUAUUCAAACCUCGAAGAUAAUGACGUUCGAUACAGGUUUGGUUGCUACGAUGAAGUACAAAAACUGGACUGCCGCAGAGUCCGGCAUUGCAAUUGGAUUCGCUUCUUGCGUUGUUCACAAACUCUUAGCAAUGACGUAAAUCUUAUAGGAACACUGGUAAAAGGUGAACCAGUAUUUGAAACUGUAAGAACUGUACCGUCAAAUACCGAGCUUAUUGUGUACCUGGAGAGUGGCAGUGAAACAGACGAUUCCUUACGAUCUCAAAUGUCUCUUAUGGCUUGUCGCACUCUUACAGCUGCACAUUACAGACACGCAAUGGGUCUCAUUCUUGAAGACACACCAUUAGAUUUGUCGCGUUCUCUGUUAUCGUCUCGAGUACCAGUGAUGACCCUUGAUGUCCCUCAACCAACGAGGACAUUAAUGACACCUCCCUCCGAACCAGAAGAAAGGAGAUCCGUAUCAAGUGAUGGUUUAUCACCCAGUGACGAAUCUUUGAAUAGUGAAAUAAGGCCAACAAUAGUAAAGAAAGGAAGAGAAAGAACAUUACUGCCAUGUGAAGUUUGCGGGAAAGCCUUUGAUCGACCAUCCCUUCUUAGGAGACAUAUGAGAACGCACACCGGUGAAAAACCUCACGUAUGUGAUGUGUGUGGUAAAGGUUUCAGUACUUCUAGUUCACUUAAUACACACAGAAGAAUUCAUUCCGGUGAAAAACCUCAUCAAUGCCAUGUCUGUGGAAAACGGUUUACAGCAAGUUCUAACCUGUAUUACCAUAGAAUGACACAUAGUAAAGAAAAACCUCAUAAAUGCAACUUGUGUUCGAAGUCAUUUCCUACUCCAGGAGAUUUAAAAAGCCACAUGUAUGUCCACAAUGGUUCUUGGCCUUACAAAUGCCACAUUUGCAAUAGAGGAUUCAGUAAACAGACUAAUUUAAGAAAUCAUCUCUUUCUGCAUACAGGUGAUAAACCACAUUCCUGCAAGCACUGUCAUAAGCGGUUUGCGUUGGCUUGCAAUUUAAGAGCACAUUUAAAAACGCAUGAAGGUGAACAACAAGAAAAAUGCACACAAUGUGGCAAAGGUUUUCCAUCCGCUGCUAAAAAAUUGACUCACGGAUAUUGCCAACCAUGCUACCAAAAUAGCAACGGGAUAGCAUUAACAAAGAAAUUCGAAAGCCCUACCAGGGAAGAUGAUAGAGACUCAACCAGGUCACCAACUGCAGAAUCUCCAACAGAAACUGUGAGUUCCAUCAAACGGGAGAGAUCACCAGAUUUAGCUACCACUUCACCCACACCUCCGCCGCCAAUGCUACUUGGCAUGCUAGAUGAAGUCAUGCUAAGAUAUCGCGAAGCUGGUGGUAUGAUACCACCGUCAUUAUCAGCUCUUCGGUUUUUGGAAGGGCUACCGGUGAUUUCUCAAAGAAACUGAACCAAAGUAUCAGGGGGAAAAUUAUAAAAAUUGUGAUUACGAUGUUUUUUUAUGGACUAGUGUCUUGUAUGGACUGUAAAACUCAAGCACAUAUCUACAGCGCACUUAUUUUGAUGUACACUUGUACUCUUAGAACUCACUUUUUUUUGACUGGAGGGGUGUAGUAAAUAUUAGAUGAUUGUUUUAUGAAAUGUGUAAAUACUAGUUUUUAUUUUAUGUUAGUCUUUGCUUAAAGACAACGUAAAAAAAUCAUUAUCAUUCCAUUUUUAAUUAUGUUGUUUCCUAGUAUGUAAUUUUUGAAGAUGGGCGAAAAUCAAAUUUCAAUGUAAUAUUUAUUUCACUAUAAAUUUUAUUACGUUCUUUUUAGCCUAUUUUAUGUGAAAAGUACAUAGUUCUCUCUGGAAAAAUUGCAGGCGAAAUCAAUUAUUUUUUUUAAAACGAAUAUUAAUAAAGUAUCAAAAUGGUAAUCUGAAUAAAGUAAGAUCAAUUUAAAAUAAAGCCUUGUUAUGAUCUUAUUAAUUUAAAUAUUUUCAUGGGAUUAAAUUAACUGCAUUUUUCAUUAUUUCUCAUAGAUCUUAAAGGUAAAAUAGAAUGAAAAUUUUAAACUUAACUAGGGAUAUCAAACUUCCACUGGAAAUUAAAAUGAAAAUUUAAUUAAACAUUGCUAUAAUAAAUCAUACUAAAAUAACAGCAAUUAUAUCAAAUCAAAAUGAAGAGAUUAAGCAAAAAUUUUAUAUCAGAAUAGAAAAAUAUUCAAAAUAGCUGUAACAGUCACUGUAAAAAUUAUACACUCUUAACCUUUUUGUAUAUAGAUAUAUUUUUGUUAGGAAAUAUUUUUACAGGUUAUUCAAACUUAACCAGUGAAAUUAUGAUAUUAAACCAAUUAUCAUAUCAGAACGAAAAUCAAAUUUCGAUCAAAAUGUUAAAUCAAACAAAGAGAUUAAAUCAAAAUAAUGAAAUUAUGUCAUACAAUUCAAAUGCGUCUUUCUUGUUAAAGUAAUAUAUUGUUAAUCUCUUGAUAAUUGUUAAAAUGAUAUUUUAUUAUCGGAUUUGUGGACGUAUUUUCACUGGAUAUAUUGUUAAACAUGUUUGGCCCUUAUAGAGAAAAUGAAAAGAUUAUUCAUCUUCACAUCAGUAUAUUUGUUAAAAAUUCAAUUAAUUGUUUUGAAAAUACAUAAUUGUUAAACAAAUUCUAGUGCUAAAUAUCAUUUUUGGAAUAUUUUUAUGACAUUUGCUAAAGACAAAUAUGUUCUUUACAAAAUGUGCCUUUUCUUUUUGUACGUAAAAAGAAAAAAAAUAUUUUGUACGAUCUCUUUACUUCAUUUGUACAAAGAAAACUGUGCCAUCUAUUUUUAUACAACUUUUACACUUUGCGAAUGCGUGUUUUACUUAAUGUAAAUCUCUGUGAGCAGUUUGGUCAUUUUUGUGGAAUCAAAACAUUGAGCAAACUUUCUUCCGUCCAUUGAGCAACAAAAAUCAAAAUGUAAAUCAUUCAUUUAAAAAUUUAUGAUGCAAAUUUAUUGCAUUUGUUAAAUAUUUCAUUAUUUGUUUGUAAUUAUGUUUGAGAAAUGAUUUUGAAUUGUAUAAUUUGGUUUACUGUUUUAUAUGGUGAUGUUGAAUUUGGUGUUUGUUAAAGAAAAAUCAAAAUUUCAUCUGUUAAAUGUAAAAUAUUUUCUUGGUAUAUUCUUCACAACAGUAAUAUAUCAUUUGUGUCUAGUCAGUGCCACAUUUUUAAAACUGUAUUACUUAUUUUUGCUGUUUUUAGUAUCCAAAAAUUAAAAUAAAGAUGCUAUUUU